AUGCUUUCAGAACAAAAUUUACCAUUACCACCACUUACAAUAAAUUCAUCAAAUAAUAAUAUUACUCAUAAUCCUGUCUAUCAACAUAGAUUCGAAUCAAGAAAAGAAGUUGGAAAAUUGUUGGCUAGAUUUUUGAAACAUUACCAUAAUGCACCAGAUACAAUUGUUCUCGCUAUUAAACCUUCAGCAACAAUUAUAGCUCACGAAAUAGCAAAAGAAUUAAAUGUACCAUUAGAUUUAUUUUUAAUUCGUUGUGAUAUUUCACAAGAAUUAAUAGAUUCCAAAAUUGCAGAGCAGCGUGCUCAACUUCAAAUUUUACAUCAAGAAUGCAAUCCACCAAAUUUACCUUUACCAAAAUCUGAAAAUGCAAAUAUCAUUUUAGUAACUGAUGGUAUUAAAACUGGUCAAGAUGCUCGUAACACCAUUUCAAUUUUAAAAAGUCUAGGUUAUAAUGGUAAGAUUAUUUUAUCUGGUGGUGUGAUUGGUUCUGAUGCUCAGAAAAGGUUUAUGAAAAAAGUUGAUGAUGUUGUUGCCGUUAAAGCACCACAAAUUGUUGGUUCAAAUCUUGGUAUGAAGACGGCCAUGAACAUUUAA